AGGGCAGUGGCUCGUGUAUCGCAAUAGCAUCGGACUUCCAAGUGACUUGCGUUGGCAUUACAGGUCGAAGUUUCGGAGUGCAAGAGAAAGUAGGAGCGAAGUGAUCUAUCUCUUUCACGUGAUUGAUUUUUAUUUAUUUAUUCCGUUUAAAUAGAAAACGCAUUAAGGAAUCAUUUUUAUGUUGAUGAAGUCCCACCGGGUGUGGGACGUAGAAAAUAAUUGUCCUUUAUAGAAAGUGUAAAGAGGUGCACCCAACCAUUACUCAGUGGCCAGACGUGAAGGACCUUGAUUUUCCUUUCCCCAGCAUUUGCAGCCUGUGCGAGGUUGGUGGAAAAUGGGCACGCGGAUCCACUCGGUCUCUGGACUUAUCGUCUCGUUGAUAUUUACAUGUCAUCUGAUAAAUGUGGCUCAGAGCUCCAAGGUGUGGGGAGAGGUCCCGCUGCCUGAGGACCUGGACUCCGAGAGGACUGUCGUCCAAAGGUCUCAGCGGUUCUUAGACGAUGACGAGGACUUCACUGCGGACGAGGCAUCAGGAGAUCUGCCCAGUGGAGAGGAGGAUGGAAGCACACCAGAACCCUCAGUGGUGACUGAGAUCAGCACAACGUACUACAGAGCUCUGGUGAACUUCACAGACUCCAUUGUGUACAGGCCUGACAUGGAGGACAUCUCCUCACUGUCUUUCCAGGAGAUCUCUGACGCGGUGGUGGACACGUUGGAGUCAGAGUACAACAAGAUCCCAGGCAUCCAGACUGUCAAUGUGGUCCUCAUCAAGAAGAUGCUGAGGCAGGAUGGGGUGGAUGUGUUUGUAGAGCUUGAUGUGGGCUCUGACUACAACAACAAUGACAAUCUGAUCCGCAACGUGCUCUAUGGAGUGGUGAAGGAGGGAACCAUCGCCUCCUACAUUACCUCUGUCCAGGGCUUCCAGUUCAGACGCCUGGGAGAAGUGGUCCCAGACCUUCGGCCGUGCAUGAAGGAUGAGCACACGUGUCGUGAUGGUGGGUGCAUCCCUCUGGAGUACCUGUGUGACAACAGACCUGAUUGCAAUGACAUGAGUGAUGAGCUGGAUUGUGAUAAGAUCCGUCCUGUUGCAGUUACCCCCACUCCUCCCACCACCAUCCCCAUCAAGAAGCCCCCACGCCCCCCUGGUCCCCCAGGGCCCUGCAAAGUGGACCAGGCCACCUGUCAGAAUGGGGAGUGUGUCCCCAGAGACUACCUCUGUGACGGAGAGAGAGACUGCUCUGAUGGCAGCGAUGAGUUCAGAUGCGGCACUCCCUCUCCCUGUGAACCAAAUGAGUUCAAAUGUAAGAACGGCCGCUGUGCUCUCAAGCUGUGGCGCUGCGAUGGAGACAACGACUGCGAGGACAACUCAGACGAGACAGACUGCCCCACCAGAGGUCCAGGUGACACGUGUGCCCCAGAGCAGUUUGUGUGCCUCAGUGACCGCACCUGCAUCCCAUCCAGCUAUCAGUGUGAUGAAGAGCCAGACUGUCCAGACCGCUCUGAUGAGUAUGGCUGCACUCCUCCAACAGUGACCAGGCCCCCAGAGGAGUCCAUUCAGGCAGUGCGGGGGGAGACGGUGACCUUUAACUGUGUGGCGGUGGGUGUUCCUACCCCCAUCAUCACCUGGAGGCUCAACUGGGGCCAUAUCCCUGUCAGUGGCAGGAUCUCAAUGACCAGUGAGAAUGGGGGUGGCACCCUGACCAUCCGUGACGUAAAGGAGGCGGACCAGGGGGCGUACACCUGUGAGGCCAUCAACGCCAAAGGCCUUGUGUUUGGUAUCCCUGACGGGGUGCUCAGCCUCACACAGAAACCAGGAAACUGUCCAGACGGUCACUUCAGUGUGGAGGGACGUUGUAUCUCCUGCUUCUGCUUCGGCAUCACCAAGAACUGUGGAACCACCGGCCGCUACCGCAACCAGAUCAACCUGCGCUUCACUGAUGAGGACGACUUCAAAGGAGUGAACGUGACGUACCCCUCUAGACCAGGCACCCCUCCUCUCUCCUCCACUCAGCUCCUCAUAAACCCUGAGGAGGAGGAGUUCCAGCUGGUCGACCUAUCACGACGCUUCCUCAUCCUGGACUCCUAUUGGACGCUUCCCCGCCAGUUUCUGGGCAACAAGAUUGACUCCUAUGGAGGCUCACUGAAGUACAAGGUGCGUUACACUCUGGCCCGCGGGGAGACUGAGCCUGAGGAGAAACCAGAUGUGAUUCUGACCGGGAAUGGUCAGAGACUGGUCUACCGCAGGGGCAACCCCACCCCCUCCAGGGUGGUCAACAAGAAGGAGAUCAAAUUCACUGAGGAGAACUGGCAGCACUCGUCGGGACGCCAGGUGUCCCGUGAGGACCUGAUGAUGACCCUGGCCAGCCUGGAGACCAUCAGCAUCCGCACCGUCUACGACAACCACAUGGUGAGCGUGGCGCUCAGCGACAUCGUCAUGGACACCACCACCGUGGAGUACAACAUCCAGGGCAACGCCAAGGAUGUGGAGGAGUGCAGGUGUCCCCCUGGCUACUCAGGACUGUCCUGUGAACAGUGCUCCACUGGCUUUGAGCGUGUGUCUGGGGGGAACUUCCUGGGAUCCUGUGCUGGAUGUAACUGUAAUGGACACGCCAGCGCCUGUGACCCUAUCAGUGGACACUGUCUGAGCUGCCAGCACAACACUGAAGGUCCUCAGUGUGACAAGUGCAGACCAGGCUACUUCGGUGACCCCAGACGAGGUCGCCCCGAUGACUGCAAGCCCUGUCCCUGCCCAUACACCGAGACGUCCCGCCGGUUCUCCGACACCUGCUUCCUGGACCAUGACUCCCAGGCCACGUGCGACGCCUGCAAACCAGGCUACACCGGCCGCCGCUGUGAAAAGUGUGCACCUGGGUACCAGGGUAACCCACUACAGCCUAAUGGCAAAUGUUUUCCAAACACAAACUCAAAGUGUGAUAGCAGAGGAACAGUGAACUCCAACAGCAGACCAUGCGCCUGCAAGUCCAAUGUGGUGGGGUCGCAGUGUGACGAGUGUAAGAGCGGCGCCUUCCACCUGACAGAGGAGAACCCAGAAGGCUGUCUACAGUGCUUCUGUAUGGGCGUCACCAAGCAGUGUGCCAGCUCCACCUGGAGCCGAGACCAGGUCCGUGGCGGUGUGAAUGGGCAGCUGUUCUCCCUCUCCAACAGUGCUAACUCCAGGACUAUCACAGACGGUAUCACCCAGGAGGGCUCCUCAGAGGUGUCAUACCGCUCCUUCUCUGACAUCCCCAAGGACAUCUACUACUGGGUCCUACCAGACAGCUUCAGAGGAGACAAGGUGACAGCCUAUGGCGGAGAGCUGCGAUACACUGUGCGCUAUGAGCCGCGGCAACGCUCCCUGGUGAUUGACGGACAGCCGGAUGUGGUUCUCCAAGGCAACAGCAUCUUCCUGGAACACUUCUCGCAGACAAAGCCCCUCCCCCGCGCACCUACCACCGUCACUGUCACCUUCAGAGAGUCUGCAUGGAGGCGUGCUGAUGGACAGCCCUGUACUCGUGAGCACCUCCUCAUGGCCUUGGCUGAUACUACUGUAUUCAUGAUCAGAGCCACCUACGCUGACAACAUGGCUGAGACCAGUCUUUCAGACAUCCAAAUGGACAUUGCAGUUCCACGCUCCACAGGCAACGAACAUGCCCUUGAGGUGGAGGAGUGUGCCUGUCCCCAGGGCUACAAAGGACCAUCAUGCCAGGAGUGUGAUGUGGGCUACACCCGUACAGGCUCUGGCCUCUACCUGGGUACCUGUGAGAGGUGCGACUGUAACGGCCAAGCCAGCGGCUGUGACCAGGAGACAGGCGCGUGCUUGCAAUGCCUUCACAACACGGCCGGACCAAGGUGCGAGCGCUGUUUGCCAGGUUUCUACGGCAACCCUGUGACGGAUGGCCCCCAGGCCUGUCAGCCCUGCUCCUGCCCUGGCACUUCCCCCAGCAACCAGUAUUCUCAGUCUUGCUACAAGGAUGUGGAUGGUCAGCCCACUUGUGAUAACUGUCCCCCUGGCUUCACUGGCCGGCGCUGCGAAAGAUGUGCUGCUGGGUACACAGGCAACCCCCAGCUCGGCCAGAGGUGUAGUGACCUGAAUGGUAACUGCUAUAACUGUGACCAGAGAGGAAGUGAAGGAUGCAAUGGAAAUGGUGUGUGUCGCUGCAAGAUGAACGUUGAUGGCCUUGCCUGCUCCAACUGUAAGCAGGGAACCUUUCACAUCAGCACAGACAACAAAGAUGGCUGCCUGUCCUGCUUCUGCAUGGGUGUCACACAGCAGUGCUCCAGCUCCUCCCACUACAGAGACCAGGUGUCAUCUGUCUUUGUCCCUGGCAACUUCCAGGGCUUUGCUUUGGUCAACCGGCAGCGCACCAACCGUAUCUCCACCGGCUUCACUGUGGAAGUGUCCACCGAUGGCACACAGCUCUCCUAUAGCAACUUUGACUACCUAGGCCAGGAGCCCCACUACUGGCAGUUGCCUGGGGUCUACCAGGGGGACAAGGUGAGCUCCUACGGCGGUAAGCUGAAGUACACCAUCUCCUACGUAGCAGGACAGAGAGGAACAGCCAUCGAGGACCCUGACAUUCAGAUUAUUGGAAAUGACAUCACGCUGGUGGCUCGUCAGCCAUGGCAGAGGGGACAGGGGACAAGAGAGUCCCGCCAGUUUGAGGUUGUCUUCAGAGAGGAGAACUGGCGUCGUCCAGACGGCAUGCCUGCCACUCGGGAGCACCUGAUGAUGGUGCUGGCUGACCUGGAUGACAUCCUGGUGCGGGCCUCCUACUACACAGAGAUGAGGUCCUCCAGCAUCUCCGAGGUCAGCAUGGAGGUGGCCGUGCCCAACUACAGCGGCCUGGCUCAGGCUCUAGAGGUGGAGCAGUGCAGCUGCCCAACUGCCUACCAGGGACUCUCCUGUCAGGACUGUGCUCCUGGCUACACCAGAACCGGAGGUGGCCUGUACCUGGGCCACUGUGAGCUGUGUGAGUGCAACGGGCACUCUGACUCCUGCCACUCAGAGACUGGCAUCUGCACGAGCUGCCUCCACAACACCCAGGGAGAAAUGUGUGAGCAGUGUGCCCCGGGCUUCUUUGGGGACCCCACCGCUGGAACCCCAGAGGACUGCCAGCCCUGUGCCUGCCCCCACACAGACCCUGACAACCAGUUCUCCCCUACCUGUGAAAGCCUGGGUAACGGUGGUUAUCAGUGCACUGCCUGCCAGCCUGGAUACACUGGCCAGUACUGUGAACGCUGUGCACCUGGAUAUGUUGGAAAUCCACAGGACAGGAUUAAGUGUCGUCCAUUCAACACAGUGGCAGCCUCUCUGGUGGUGAAGGUGUACCCUGAGAGGGUGUUGGUGGCCCAGGACAGCCCUGUGACCCUGCGGUGCCAGGUGACCGGCUCUCCACCCCACUACUACUACUGGUCCAGGGAGGACGGAAAGCCCGUCACCAACAGCGCCGGCAGACGCGGACAAGGAGAGGAGCUGCAUAUCCCCAGUGUUCAACCCAGUGACGCAGGCAUCUACGUCUGUACCUGCAGAGACCAACGCAACACUAACAGGAGCCGCGCUGAGAUCAUCGUCACAACUGUCUUAUCCAAACCCAUUGAAGUGACCAUUGAGGAGCCCAAAGCACAUAGCGUCACAGUUGGAGCAACAGUCAGCUUCAUCUGCACAGCCAAGAGCAAGUCUCCAGCCUACACCCUGGUGUGGACCCGGCGGGGUAAUGGCAAGCUGCCCAACAGAGCCAUGGACUUCAACGGCAUCCUGACCAUCCAGAACGUCCAGCCUGAGGACGCUGGCAUCUAUGUGUGUACAGGCUCUAACAUGUUUGCCAUGGACGAGGGUACAGCCGUCCUCUACGUGCCAGAGGCCUCACAGACUCCGACGUUUUACACAGCCUAUGAAAUGUUUGAAGGACAUAGAAAGCCUGCCGAGGGGGCCGAGCCAGUGGCUACCGCCACUCCACCUGUCCUGACCAUCCAGCAAGGAGGCCGCGCUGAGUUCCGCUGUACUGUGACUGGCAACCCGACCCCUGCCAUCGAGUGGUUCGGUGGAGGUCCUGGUAACAGAAUGAGCCCCAAUGCUGUGGUCCAUGGAGGAGUACUAACCAUCCCUGCUGUGGAGAGGGGGGAUGAGGGGGAGUACGUCUGCAAGGCCCUCAACACCCAUGGAGAACACACAGCACGGGCUGUCCUCUACGUACACAGUGCCAGCCUGCCCCACGUGCAGGUGAGCCCCCAGAGAGUGGACAUCCAUGAGGGGGAGACGCUGAGGCUGUACUGCCGGGCUGGAGGCACGCCCAGCCCCGGACUCACCUGGAAGAAACAGGGAGGACAACUUCCUCCGCAGGCCAUUCCUUCUCACGGUUUCCAUCAGUUUAAAAGCAACAGUCUCGAUGUGUUACAGAGACGUAUUGAGGAGCUGCAGACCCGUAUGGAGCGUACAGACAUUGGCACCCUUCUCAUCCCCAACAUCAAGUCCUCUGACUCUGGCACCUACCUGUGUGUCGGAACCAACUCCAUAGGGUCCUCAGAGGCUCGCAUCGAGGUCACUGUCAAUAGAGCAAUAGGAGGAGACACCAUCUCGUCAGCCAUCACCAUCCAGCCCUCCAUAGCUGACGUCCAGGAGGGACAGUCUCUGGACCUUAACUGUUUUGUCCCUGGUAACCCCCCACCUGCUGUCACCUGGAGGAGGUCUAGUGGACGCCUGUCUGCCAAUCACCAGGUUCUGGGUACCCAGCUGCGUAUCCUCUCUGCCAGCCCAGAUGACUCUGGGGAGUAUAUCUGUCGUGCGGAGGCAGGGCCUGGUACAACUGUCCGUCAGGCCUCAGUCUCUGUCUCAGUCACAGCCACCUCCUCUCGCCUGCAGACCCCUAUCAUCUCCAUUGAGCCCCACAGUGCAGCGGUGCGAAAGGGAGAGUCAGCCAGCUUCAAGUGUAGGGUCUACAGUGGAGCCCAGCCCGUUCGCCUGGAGUGGAAACUGUCCAACAACCAGCCCCUUCCUGACAAUGUGAAGAUUGACCAUUACGGCUCUGUCCUCAUCAUCACUGAUGCCCGCCCUAGCAACCAGGGCACCUACCGCUGUGUGGCUAGCAACUUGUUUGGAAUCACCCAGAGCAUGGUCUCUUUGAUUGUCAGAGAGUCUCCCGUAGCGACUGUCACCCCUCAGGGGCCUGUGCGAGUCAAGGUGGGUGAACCCAUCAAUCUGGAGUGCCAGGCCUCCGGGGAGCCACGGCCAUCUGUCACAUGGCACAGGCUGGACAACGCCCGCAAGACCAUGCUGAGUAGUCCUGUGCCCAUGGAGUCCAACGCUGUCAUGCAGGUCCUAGUGGCCCGUCCAGAAGACAGUGGCACCUACGUGUGCACGGCCCGCAACAACGAGGGAACCACCGAGACCAGGGUGGAAGUGAUCGUGGAAGGGGGUGCCCAGGUGCCCACCUCACCACGUGCCUCUGUGCCAGAACCCCUUAUGGUGGUGGUGGAGGGACAGACCACCACACUGAGAUGUGAUGCUCACGGAUUCCCCUCCCCUAAGAUCACAUGGUCUAAGCUGCGUGCCCCUCUCCCCUGGAGACAUAAGGUAGUGGACAACACCCUAGUCCUGCCCAGUGUUGGCCGGGCAGACUCUGGAGAGUACAUCUGUAACGCCACCAACAACAUGGGCACCACAGAGGUCACCAUCAUGCUGGAUGUGGAAACUCCUCCUUAUGCCACCUCCCUGCCCGACGACGUGGCAGUGCGUGUGGGCGAGGUUAUCCGACUGCAGUGCCUGGCUCAUGGUACUCCCCCCCUGCUCUUCCAGUGGACCAAGCUGGACGGCAGCCUGUCCACCAGGGCUGACGUCCAAGCAGGAGACCUCCAGAUCAACCUGGCCACAGCCGAAGACACUGGCACUUACAAGUGUGUCGCCACCAACAAAGUGGGCACCAGUGAAGCACAUGCCAAGGUUACAGUCAGAUCGCCCCUAGCGGUGCGUGUGUCUCCUCAGGUGGAGGUGAAGGCCCAGGGUAGUGCUGUGGAGUUCACCUGCUCUGCUGCAGGAGGCCUGGGGACCACCAUGGAGUGGCUGAAGGAGGGAGGAGCCCUGCCCCCCAACCAUCACAUCAAAGACGGAGUGCUGAGAAUUGAGAACCUGGAUCAGAGCAAUGAGGGUGUCUACAUCUGCAGAGCCACCAGUGUUCAUGGCCAGGCUCAGGAUACCGCCAAGCUCACCAUCCAAGCCCUUCCCAAGGUAAUGAUCAACGUACGUACCUCAGUGCAGACUGUUAUGGUUGGUAACUCGGUGGAGUUUGAGUGCCAGGCCAUCGGCGAGCCCCAGCCCACGGUGCGCUGGAGCAAGGUGGGAGGGCUGCUACCGGCACACAUUGUGGUGAAGGGCGGCAUGCUUAAGAUCGAACAGGUGACAGACGCUGACGCUGGACAGUACCGCUGCACUGCCACCAACGAUGUGGGCUCUGUGCAGUCCCAGGUGGUCCUCAAUGUCCAGUCCCUACCCCAGAUCGCAGCUCUGCCAGAGCUGAAGGAAGUGACAGUGGGAUCUGAUGCUGUCCUGCCCUGUGUGGCAUCAGGAUACCCAGUGCCUGCCAUCAAAUGGUCCAAGCUGGAUGGGGAGCUUCCUCCUAAGUGUAUACAGGUAGUCAACACCUUGACGGUUCCUGGAUUAACCCACGAGGAUUCUGGGACAUACGUAUGCACUGCCUCCAACAAGCAGGGAAAAGUGGAGGCCUUCACCACCCUCAAAGUCCAUGAUCGAGUGAUGCCCCAUUUCACCCAGGAGCCCCUGUCCUACCUCACUCUGCCCACCAUCAAGAACGCCUACAAGUCCUUCAGCAUCAAGAUCAGCUUCAGGCCAGACAAUCCUGAUGGUCUCAUACUGUAUGCGGGAAUGAUCAUCUAUAACGGACAGAAGAGGACCAUGGGAGCAGACUUCAUCUCUUUGGGGCUGGUGGGAGGCAGGCCUGAGUUCAGGUUUGACGUGGGUUCUGGCAUGGCCACCAUCCGCUACCCCACACCCAUCAAACUAGGAGAGUUCCACACCAUAGAACUCCACCGAAACCAGACACAGGGCUCCAUUGUAGUGGACAGAGAGGCUCCAGUCAACGGAAGCUCCCAGGGCAAGUUCCAGGGGCUGGAUCUAAAUGAGGAGUUGUAUGUAGGUGGUUACCCCAACUACACCCUCCUGGCCAAGACCGCUAGCCUCAAGACUGGCUUCAUUGGCUGCAUCCGUAAGCUGGUCAUCCAAGGUGAUGAGGUCAUCUUCAAGGAUCUGGACCGCAGCUCUACGGGCGUGUCCAACUGUCCUGUCUGCACUGACCGUCCCUGUCAGAAUGGAGGGAUAUGCCAGGACUCUGAUGCCAGUCUGUACAAGUGCAGCUGUCCCAGAGGAUUCACAGGGAGUAACUGCCAGCACCACUCCUCCCUGCACUGCCACCCAGAGGCUUGUGGACCAGAUGCCACCUGCAUCAACCGUCAGAACAACAUGGGCUACGACUGCCGAUGUCACUUGGGGAAGUCUGGAAACAAGUGCAUGGACGGUGAAUUGGUGACUACUCCCCUGUUUGAUGGUAUGGACUCGUACAUUGCAUACCCUCCUCUGACCAACAUCCACAACGACCUGCGCAUCGAGAUGGAGUUCAAACCCAUGAACCUGGAUGGUCUGAUGUUCUUCAGCGUGGGCAAGAAGAUGAAGACGGAGGACUUUGUCUCCCUGGAGAUGGUGGAUGGACACGUGCAGUUCCGCUAUGAACUGGGGACUGGCCAAGCUGUCCUGCGCAGUCCUGAGCCGGUCACCCUGAGCCAGUGGCACCGCUUGGAAGCCGGGCGCCUCGACAAGGAUGGCUCUCUGAAGAUUGACGGUGGCCGGGAGGUCAGGAGGUCGUCACCAGGCAAGGCCCAGGGCCUGAAUAUCCACACACCCAUGUACCUAGGAGGAGUCCCCAACUUUGAUAUCAUACCCAAGGCCCUUAACAUCAGUGUUGUGUACAAUGGAUGCAUAGGAGAGGUGUCCAUCAAUGGUAAGAAGGUGGACCUGUCCUACAGCUUCACAGACAGCAUGGCCAUCAUCCAGUGUAAGGACAACAGUCCCUGUGACCGCAACCCCUGUCUAAACGGGGCCAGCUGCAUGCCGAGCGCAGAGUAUGAGUACCAGUGUCUGUGCAAGGACGGCUUUGAGGGUGAGCGAUGUGAGGUGUUGAAGGAUACCUGCCAGAGCAGUGACCAGUGCCAGAACGGAGGCAGCUGUGUCAACAGCCAGUGUGUGUGUCCUGUAGGCUUCAAUGGCCCCGUCUGUGGAGAGAGCCAGGUCUCCAGCUUCACCGAUGCCCUGUGGAAUUUGGAGGGUAGCGGGGGGAAUGAUGCCCCCAUUGAGUAUGCAGUUAAAUUCUAUGACAACGGUUACCUUGCUCUUCCCAAGACUAUCUUCCCCAGAAGCGGCACUGACACUCCAGAGACCAUUGAGCUGGAAAUCAAGGUCAACAGCAACUCCAAAGAGGGCCUGAUCCUGUGGCAGGGAGUGGAGUCAGUUAAUGGCGCUAGCCAUUUCCGCAAGAUGCAUGCUAGUAAAAAGGAACUUGGAGAUCAAGGCAAGGGCAAGGACUUUAUCAGUCUUGGUCUGCAAAAUGGACACUUUGUCUUCAGCUACCAGCUGGGCAGUGGUGAGUCUCAGAUCCAGUCCAGAGAGCCCAUCAGCGAUGGCAGAUGGCACAAGGUCACUGCUGUGAGAACUGGUAAACAGGGAUAUAUUCAGAUAGACGGAGGAGCCAUUCAACGAGGACAAUCACAAGGCAAAAGCAUCAUGGUGAACACCAAAGGAAACGUAUACCUGGGUGGCGCCCCGGACAUAUUUGCGAUGACGGGAGGGAAGUUCUCCUCGGGGCUCGAAGGUUGUGUGAGGAACCUGUCUCUGAUGAACGCCCGGCCGGGAGAGCAGCUGGCCAGACCCAUCGAGCUGCAGGCCACCGCAGAGAAUGGCAUCAACGUGGGCCGUUGCUCCUCAUAGACCUACAGCAGCCCCCACACAAACACAAACACACACACACACACACAGACAGACACACACACACACACACAGAGACUAUGAAGACAAGAUACACACAGACAUUCACAGUUACACGCAAACACACAGAGACUUACAUACAUGCGUACACACAGUCAGUUUGAUACAAACGUGGUGCUUUGCUCCUACCAAAAACAAAGAUACACAACACAAAAUGAUAUUUUGCUCUAUGUGCAUUAAACCAAAAAAAAGAGAAAAAAUGAAAUGAUAUUAACAAGUCUUCACUUCCUCAGUGUUGUAUUGUCAAUGAAGGUCAAGGACUAUUAACACAGAUCCAGUACAGUUUACAUACUCCCGGCAGUAGCUUUUAGCCAUGACAACAAGAGAGUAAAACGCUAUAGGCCUUCUACGAUGGGUCAGAUCCUAUGGAGUUGGAGAUGUUUUUACAGCACUGAAUUUUUAUUUAUAUACAUAUAAAUAUAUAUUAUAUAUUUGUGGGGGAAACAUGCAAACUAACCAUAACUGCUCUACUUUGUCCUAGAGUUGAUUCUGGGUUCUAAUACUGUGUGUCCAGGGCUUUUUUAUAGGGCCUAGUUGUGUUAAUACUUGAAGACAUUUAGGCCUUCUACUUUCUUCUUCACUUCUGUAGGGGAACCUGAGGGGCGAGCAUGAUCACAGCCUUGUCACACUAUUAGUAGGGGGGUCACAGAGGUCACGUCACAAAGCAGCAUCAAGACACAUCUCAGGGGAAGACAGGAUUUUAAAAACAAACAGACAGGAUUUUAAAAACAAGCUAUUAGAAGUAAUGGUGCCGUUCAAUUCUGCCAAAUCAUUUCUGAUCUGAUUCUAAAAUACCUUGCCUUUCCACACCUAGCAUGGUUGCCUCUUUUGUGUCUGUAAAUUGUUUUUUUAAAACUUGGUGCUAUUAAGUCAGACAUGAAAAUACAGCGCACUAACACUCAUGUGUCUGUCUCCUUAUAUUAAUGUAGUACAUAUGUUGUUACAUUUACUUAAGUUCUACAUUUGAAAUAAUAUCAGUGUAAAACACAUGUUACACUUGCCUACUUUCUUUCACCUCUCCUGAGGUUGGGGAGGUUGUGUUGUUCUCCAGAUUAAAUCUGAGGUUUAUUUUAGUGUUUUUAGUGUGGCUCAGUCUCCUCAUGAGUUCUAUCUGAUUGAGUAGAUCUCAAAAGACGUCAAGGUGGUGUUUUAAAGAAUGAAUGUAGAUUGUAUUUUGAAGUUUUUUUUUAUUAUGAGCGGUUCUGAGAAUUCUAAGACAUUUUGUAAUGUUGCUUCUGCAGUCACAAUCAUGUGCUUACUAUUUCCGAGUCAGGUAAAUAUCAGUUUAGUCGGGGUAUGUGGGGGUCCCAGGACCAACUUUGGGAAACCCUGAUUUAGUAGACUCUCUUAUCCAGAGCAACUUACAGUAGUGCGUGCACUAUACAUUUCUCAUACUGAUCCACCGUGGGAAUUGAACCCACAACCCUAGCGUUGCUAGUGCCAUGCUCUACCAACUGAGCCACACGGGACCAUAUUUUUAUCCCUAUAUGACAUUGUGUGUGUACUGUAUGUGAUUGUACUAAAUGCGUGUAAACUGUGUACUGUUGCUCUAUGUGUGUGUACUUUAUGUUCGCGUCUCGCCAUCUAAAUCCUCAGGAGGGUUAACGCAGAACUGCGUCAAGAUGUUCCUCAGUCAUUUUCAGGUUCAGUAGCAACUAGCCUCAGUAGGUUUCAUAGAACUAACAGGUCUGACAUGGAACUCUAGCAGCUGCAUCAUUUUGUUAGCUGUUGUACCUAACGCACUAUGCAAGCAUAUUCAUACCAAAAUAAUUUGACAUGGAUAUGGCUUCCAUAACUUGGGGUAGACCGAUUGGAUGAGACGAACAGUAGACAUAUAGCAGACAGAGUAGAUUACUUCAGUAGUGGGGGAAAACAGUUGAAACCUGCCUGGUGGGGUGCGUGCUAACUGUGACCUAUGGAGCUCCAAUGAGCAUGCUCGCCCACACUGGUUGACCACAUGACAAAUAUGGCAUCAUAGUUUCACAAACUUUUCACAUUUUGUAAGUUUAAGAUUAUGUUGAUUAAUAUUCUAAAAAUGAGCACUAUCAUUUCACUUAAAGUUGCUUCAUUUUUAUUUAUUUUAGUUUCUUUAUUUGAUUCAUUUCUGUUGUUUAUUUCAGGCUUGAUUCUGCUGUUGUAGAGCAAUCAGAAAAGCUUGCCAUCAUUUAUUUUCUUGCGUUAUUGUGUAUUCCCUCCCCACAUCCCCAUGCCCUUCAUGUUGGAUUUUGAAUACCGUUCUUCUGUCUUCCCCGACUGAAGUUCCCACCAUGACAUAUACAGUCUCAGUUGAGUGUCUGUGGAACAACUGUGGUAACUGACAGUAACAUCAGCCCGAGAAGGGGUUGUCAACUGCUUUGUGCCAGACCCAAAUAAAUCGAUGUGUAUCUAUAGAUCUAUAUAUACAGUAUGGCUCUGGUUUGAAAUGAUAAAAUGAAGGAUUUUAGGCUCUGUAUAUCACAUUGAGUAGAGUCACCAUUACUCAUUGGGAAAGGUUACAAUGUAAUUAUUGUGUAAUUGACAGGAGUAAACACUGCAUGAGAAAGAUGAGAAAAACAUCAUACAAUCACAAAUCAAUAAUACAUUGAAUUCCCAUUUGUGUAUAUCAUCAUAAGUUAUAUUUGGGUAUGGUUGAUGUACUGAGUAUGUAUGAAGUAAAUAUGGCCACUCAUCAUUGAUGAAGAUAUUAUUUCACCUUUUUUGACAUUUUUAAAAUGGUCUCUGUUUCUUUUUUUGGAUUAAGACAUGUUGAAAAAUACUGUCACCAUGGAAGUGUACUACACAUAAUAUUAUUGUCCAUUGGAUGAUACUGCUCUUGUUCCUGACUGAACCAUUUCCAGAGUUGAAAGGAAUGACUCUUCCCCUCCCUCAGUGUUUCUUCAUUAAAACAACAUUCAUGUGCUA